UCAUACAUACAGAAUGUCAAUUUAAGAAACAAAAUAUUUUCCAGGACCUGAAGUUCCCUGUCAGAGGCAGCAUCAGAGUUUGAAGAGGUGAAGAGUGGAUAACCUGGACAUGCAUGGCAGGAUCUCGCAGUUGUUCUUGAUUAAUACAUUAACAUGUGGUCUGGAGGUAUGUUUGGCUGCUGGGACCAUCUACAUCCCACCUAUGCUGCUGGAGGCAGGGGUGGAAGAACGAUUCAUGACCAUGGUACUGGCUGUGGGACCUGUGCUGGGGCUGAUCGUUGUGCCUCUAAUUGGUUCGGCGAGUGAUAGCUUGAGAAGUAAAUAUGGUCGCAGACGUCCCUUCAUAUGGGUGUUGUGCAUGGGUGUCCUGCUCGGUCUCUUGAUCAUCCAGCAGACGUCCACACUCGUCACCCUGCUCACAAAACAACAGCGGCAUUGGCUGGAGGUCCCACUGCUGGUCCUUGCCAUUUGUUUGAUGGAAUUUUGUGGUCAGGCCUGCUUCACACCUUUGGAGGCCUUGGUUUCUGACCUCUUUCCUGGAGAAGAGGAGAGUCGCAAGGCUUUCUCCGUCUACUCCCUCAUGCUCAGUUUGGGCGGAUGCAUUGGUUACCUGCUGCCCGCAGUUGACUGGACCACUUCAGAUACCGUGGUCUACUUGGGUGGACAAGAGGCCUUCAUCUACGUUGUUCUGACCUUCAUUUUUCUCGCCUGUUUGAUGGGUAUGGCCUUCAUCUCUGAGGAGCAGACAGGACGAGAACGGCUGGGGGAAGCUGAGGUUUCCAAAAGGCAUGAAAACCUGAAGACUUGCUGCUGCCCUUGUGUGGCAUUCCCCAGAUUUCUGUUUUUGCGAAGGACGUUCUCUAGUCUCCUUUCUGUGGUUCCCCGACUCUACUUGCUGUGCAGUCGCAUGCCAAAAGUCAUUGCAAGGCUGUUUGUCGCUGAGUUGUGCAGUUGGAUGGCACUUAUGUCCUUUAUGCUCUUCUACACGGACUUUGUUGGAGAGGGAUUGUAUAAUGGGGUUCCCAGUGAUGAGCCAGGCUCCUUGGGAAGGAUACGCUAUGAUGAAGGUGUGCGAAUGGCCAGCCUGGGUCUUUUCCUCCAGUGUGUGACCUCUGUGAUCUUCUCAUUGCUUAUGGAGCGUAUGGUGUUGUGUAUUGGAGUCAGAAAGCUGUACCUGAGCAGCGUGAUUCUGCUGGCUGUGAGUACUGCAAUUAUGACUGUAUCCCACAACAUUAUACUAGUCACCAUCAUGGCCGCUGCUACAGGAUACACCUUCUGCACCCUGCAGAUUCUGCCAUACACGCUCACAUGCCUGUACCACUCAAAUACACAGGUGUUUUUCUCCACCGAGAGGCGCAAAAUUCCUCUCAGGGAGGAAGAUCUAAUGUUAAUCAGAUCAGAGAUGCCGCCCUCGACUAAGCAGAAAAUAACUAAUGGGUGCGUCAAUGGCUAUCCAGCCUUCCAGAGCAAUAUAAAAAACUCACAAUCACUUGAUCUGCAUGUGUCCAUCACCUUGGAGCCACAACCUUCAGCCGUCAGAGGCAUGGGCACAGACAUCGCCAUUUUAGACAGUGCCUACUUGCUGUCUCAGGUGGUCCCGUCCUUCUUUAUGGGCUCAAUCGUGCAGCUCUUCCAGAGUGUGACCGCAUACAUGGCCUGUGCGUCUCUGUUGAGUCUGGUGGCUGUGUAUUUCUCCAGUAAGAUCGUCUUUGAGAAAGCGGAUAUUGAUACGAGAUGACUGAGAUGUUACCAACAGAGCAACAGACUCUGGAUAGUGACAAAAACUAUAAAGGGCAGCUGCUUCUGUUUUGUAUUUUUGAAAAGAGAGAUGGCAAUGUGCAAUUGAAUUCAUACAGGUCAUUUAUUAGAAAAAAACAUUUGCUGUAUAUAUUCAGCAAACAAUAUAUGGUCAUACAUUCACAUAAAAAGCUCUAUUUGAGCUUUAAAUUAUUUGACAGAACUAUUGUUACGUAACCUGUGGCUUACAAUAUUAUAUUUGCAAUAUUGCACAAUUGUGUACCUGUUAAGGAGAGCAAUUACACAAGUAACAAUGAAGUGUUAGAUGACAUGCUGAAUGUUUAAAGUGAAGAUGAGUGAGUUUUGGGUUUUGAAUAUUGUGACACAACUCUGUACAACCUGUUAAAGAAAGAAAAGAA